UGAAGAACAUAUAAAGAAUUAAUAAACCCAUAAAUCUUUUUGGGAGUUCCCCUAACCCCAGUUGCAAAUUGCCGCCCCUCAUUCGAAUUCUAGUCUUUCUCUCGUAGUUGAGUCGAGUUCUAUACUGUUAAAUCUAAAAUGGAGGCUGAAAGGUUGAAUUCACCACAGACGUCAGCUGUUCUAUUUGAAGUUAUGGGCUAUCAACUGCAGUUUUCUCAGGAUCCAAAUUCUAAGCAUUUAGGAACAACAGUUUGGGAUGCUUCAAUGGUGUUGGUGAAAUAUCUGGAGAAAAAUUGCAGAAAAGGAAGGUUUUCCCCUUCCAAACUAAAAGGAAAACGUGUUAUUGAACUUGGGGCAGGUUGUGGGGUUGCAGGUUUUGGCAUGGCAUUACUUGGAUGUGAUGUUGUUUCAACAGACGAAGUUGAAGUUUUGCCUCUUUUAAUGCGAAAUAUUGAACGUAAUAUUUCUAGGAUCACACAGAUGAAUCCUGACGCAGAUUCGAUUGGAUCCAUGACGGCUGCAGAGCUAAGUUGGGGUAACAAAGAUCAUAUACGGGCGCUUGAUCCACCCUUUGACUACAUUAUUGGCACUGAUGUUGUAUACGCCGAGCAUCUUUUGGAACCUCUGCUACAAACAAUGCUUGCAUUGUCGGGACCCAAAACCACAAUUUUGAUUGGUUAUGAAAUUCGUUCAACAAAUGUUCAUGAACAAAUGAUUCAAUUAUGGAAGAAGCAUUUCGAGGUUAAAAUAGUGCCGAAAUCGAAGAUGGAUGUUAAGUACAAUCAUCCAAGCAUACAACUUUACAUCAUGACUUUAAAGACUCUAGAAGGAAGCAUAAAUCUUGAAGAUGAAGUCGAUACAAGUAACAGUAAUGGUAACAGUAACAGUAACAGUAAAAUGGUGGAAGAUGAAGGUGAUGAUGAAUUACCGACAGAACCCCACGAUGGAAGUUUGAGUGAAUGGGAAGCUAGAAGAUAUGGAUCCAUGGCUGCUCGCCUUCUUCGAGACAUCAAGAUAACUUGAUUCAUGUUGUUUUCUAAUUGAAUUCUUAGUGAAUUUCAACUAAAUGCUUAAAGUUUAGUGUUGUUAUACACAAAGUUGAAAAGAUUCAUGUUUCCACAAGGCUUGAUGACCUAUGAUCAUCACCUUAAAUUUCGAUAGAAUACUAGUUUUCUCAAUUUCAUUA